AUGGGUUUUAAAAAGACACUGAAAGCUCUUGAAAUCCUUGAGAAGCCAGAAGCCAUCUUUAACCGGAGGCUUCAAAGUAACCCAUAUCAUCCAUUUAACAUGGUUGAACGAAAUAAGUUCGUUCUUGCUCUGAGUAGAAAACGAUUUUACAUUGGAACACUUACGGCUUUCGUUUCAAUAGUUGCACUGAUUAAGUGGGGAAUUGCGUUUGAGGCCAGCCAAUACAUGGUAUUUCUCAUCCUUGUGGGUGGUGUAUCAGCUAUCAUGGCGUGGGAGAACAGAGGACACCGCACAUGCGUGUUAGACGGAGAGCGUGCGCAGUACGUGUGUGUAAUUGGAGAACAUUCUGUGGAGAAUGGCAACUUCCAUAACGUUUACAUUAGACUUAAAGCGCAAAAGCACGGGGCGGGUGAAAUGUAUUACUAUGUCGUAUUUAACGGAUUCCACCUGACGGAGCAAAAGAUCACAUCUUAUUCCAAAAACGAUAAGAAGCUGCGUGUGUUGGCAAAGAGGCUGGCGGAAAAUCUUAAUCUUAACUACUUUGAUGUCAAAGCCAGUUCAAGAGACCGUAUCUUUUUGUCAAAACAGACAUUUUUCAUAAUUUUACAUCCCCAACACUGGUCAUUUUGGGGGUGUGGUCAACAUAGCAGUUUAAAACAAGAGGUUGAUGUGGUCAUAACAAAAUCGGACGACAAACAGAUCAUUUUGCCGCCAGCAGAAUUCAUGAAGUACAACCACCAAGGAGGCAAGUGGGCCAGGGUUCCCGGAUAUGACUCAUUCUCCAAAGAGAUUGUGCUAACCCCAUUUGGCAAGCCUUAUCCAGUAGUUGCUGGUCAGCAGCUUCACCUUUGGUACGGUGAGGAUCUGCAAAAUUACACUGAGGGCGACAACGGAGGCAGAGUUUGUUGUGAUGUUUAUGCUCAAUUUCAAGUAUAG